AGAUUCGCCUUGGAGAAAUCAACAAGGAAGUCGUAUUUAACCCGCCAAUUUUUGUGUCGUUGUUGAAAAGUUCCUGUGUGCGCGCGUUUGUGUUUUAAUCCCUAUUUUUAACUGGCACUAAAACUGCGACAAUGUCUGAAAAUACAUUCCCCAUCUCUAACCCGGAUGCGAUAGUGCAUUUUUACCGAACCGAAGUUCUCACCGGUCAAGAGGCAAAACACUUCACGAAGAGCGACCUGACUCCAACUCCAAAGCCAGAGGCGAUUCAAACGCUGUACAUGAGGGUGUUGCAUCUCCUGUUCCGUUUCCGACCUGAGUGCCACUCCAUGGUUCCACUUCUGGAGAACAUUCAGAACCCAGUAUAUCAUGAGGGGGCCACAUCUAUCAUGAGCGUCUACAUACGCAUGCAGCAGUUUCUGCCCAUGUGCUUGGUUUAUGAUUUUUCGCUGAACGACCUUCUAGCUCCAAAAAAACAGAAGACUCUGACUGUUCUGAGCGCCAUCAUGAACUUCCUUCACUUCAGGAACCAGAGGAUGGACUUGAUCUUCGAGAAGCAGGCCAAAUUUAGGGCAGACAUGGACAGGCUGCAGACUUACACCAAAGGCAACAUGGAAGCAGAGAAGAAGAUCGAGACGCUGACGACCAUCCCACCAGAGCAGCAGGCCGAGGCCGAGGAGCUGGCAGCCGUUCUCUCCGAGCUGCAGUCCACCAAAAUCCACGAAUACCAGGAAGUGGAUGCGAAAAAUGAAAGCAUCGCAGAGUGGAAAGCCAAGAUUGCGGAGAAGACUCAGAAACUGGCCCAGGUGAAGGUGGACGUCUGUAACCUGAAGGAGGACGUCAGCAAACUCAAGUCUCAAAUCGUGGAGUCUCCAGAGGAGCUGAAGACUCAGAUGGAGAAGAUGAGGGAGAACGUCAAGAACAUCAAGAGCUCCAACAAAGAGAUAGAUGAGCAAAUGGUGGAGCUGCAGAACAUGGUGCAGAGUGUGACUCACACUGAGGCCGAGAUCCAGCAGAUGUACAGCCUGCUGCAGGACCUGGAGAGCAGCAUGAACAACACCAAGCAGCGGGCGGAUGAGCACAAGGAGUUAACUGCUCAGUAUGAGAAAAAGCAGAAGGAGCUGAGGAACCUGUGCGUGGAGGAGGGCCAGCUGAAGCGAGCGCUGGCCAUGAAGCUGGACAAAGAGUCCAAACAUAAAAUCCGCAAGCAGAAGAAGAAGGAGAUGAAGGAUCAGCAGAUCCAGGACGUGCUGGGACAACGCAACCAAAUCCACGAGAAGCGCGAGGAGAUGGCCGACCGGAUCCAGGAGAUCUCCAGAGAGACGCAGCAGCUCAAGGCCAACAUCCAGAGCCUGAGGGACGUGAGCAGCAAAGAGACGGCCAAAGCUCAGGCUCUGUACGACACCCUGUCGGCUUCAAUGGACAAGCUGCACGAGAGAAUCGAGACACACAUCGUGGACCUAAAACAAGACGUCACCAAGAUGUCUGCACAUUUUUAAACGUUCACUUCUCUACGUGUUUUCCUUCUGUUUGUUGCCUUUUUCCCCGUUACUAUUUAACAUGUUUAAAAUGUUGUGCACCAGUUAAUAAAUCUGAUAAGACCGAAAUGA